AGAGAGGCUCUCAAACCUCCCGGGAGGGCACCGGACGGGUCCUGGACGCCGUAGGCAGCAAAAAUCGACGUUUUCGAGCCGUGGAAGAGCUCUGGACGAGUGCUGGAUGGGGUGGAGGCUCCUGGGACCGUCAAUCUUUCGUUUGCACCCACCUUCGGUCUUGGUGGCCACUCGACCUUCCCUCCCGCCAAAAAAACCGCGCUGCAUCCUGAUGUGCUGCAGAUUGACGGUCCUCGGAUUUACAGUCCCAGGUGGCUGCCAUACCAUACAUGGUACUGCCACCGCUUAUGUACGCAUCCAUCACUAGACUGUAUGUUCUCCUCGUCAUGGGCAUCAACGACCUGUGGGAGGUGCUUGAGCCUGCUGCAACGAUGGUGCCCCUCAUCUCUCUCGCCAUCCAGGAUCGCUAUGAGGGACCUACGCCACACUCGCCUUAUAUUGUAGGCGUGGAUGCAAGUGCAUGGUUUGAACAAUGCCAGCAGGGCAGGUGGCACCAUGCACAUGCUCAGACAGGCCAGAAUCCUGCCCUUCAAACAUUUUUGUUUCGCCUCGCUCGACUCGCCCGGCUCCCAGUCCAAUUGAUUUUUGUAUUCGACGGCAACCAGCGAUCCGAAAUCAAAUGGGGCCACAGAGUGUCUACCAACGACCAUUGGAUGGUCAAGCCCACACAGCGCCUACUAAAUGCAUUCAACAUCCAGUGGAUCAUGGCUGCUGGAGAAGCCGAGGCGCAGCUGGCACUGAUGAACGGUGCCUGCGACGCAUUUGUUUUCAGUGCUCAGACUGUCCUGCGCAACUCAACAUUUUCAAUAGAUUCGACCGUCAAAAUGUAUACAACGAGUGCCAUUCAAGAGCAUGUGGACCCCCAUCUUACCAACGACGGAUUCCUUACCCUUGCCAUCUGCUGCCUGCCAGGGUGUGGCCGUGAGACGGCGCUUGGCCUAGCUCGCUGCAUGGAUGCUGGUGUGCUUCGUGCUGCCAUAUGUGGCAACAGCCUUGAUGGGCCUCUGCAACAGUGGCGGGACACCACUCGCUAUCAUCUUGUGGAUGAUCCCACUGGAAAAAUGGGACGUUCUCACCCUGCUCUCGCCCGCUUGCUCCCUGAUUCAUUCCCUGAUCCACGGAUCAUCAACUUGUAUGCACAGCCUGCUGUCACUCCAAUCACCAAGCUGCCCAUUCUCCAGUCCCCUGCCCUGCCCGACAUUGCUCCACUUGCCUCACUUGUUCAACAACUUCUCGGCUGGGAAUCAAAGAAGGUCGUCAGCACCUUUUGCUCGACAAUUUGGCCUGUUGUGGUCUUGCACGAAGUCCUCGAGGAUCUCGCUAAUAAUUCUCCCGCAAGUGACGAGAUUGCUCUUGCUCCGGCCUGCACAAGGGCAGUGUUUCAGAGCCAUGCUGUGCGCCCAAAGAAAGCCCUUGCAGGUGUUCCAGGGCACAAUAACGAUGUGCCCACUCAUGACCUCGAGCAGUCCACACUCCAGUUGCUCGAGGAUUUGCCUGGAUGCUCUCAUUGUGAGGAUCACGCACCGAGAUCCCACAAAUUUGUUUGAGUUUGGCUUGCUGACAAAAUUUAUGAUUCUUGGGUGCAGACAAUGAUCCUGCUGUCUCCAAAUCAUCCCAGCACCUCAAACGCUACUCUCUCUUCUGCGACCGUCAUUGAUCUCAUGCACGAUGACGAGGCAGCGGCAGUUGGUGAUGUCAUGGACCUCACUCAAGACAAGGACGAUGCAGUGCUCUAUGGUACUGGUGUUAGUCGCGACUUUAUUGAUCUUACUUUCUGAUGCGCUCGUUUUGUUUUUUUCAACCUACUGUACUUUUAUGUAUUUCGUUCUUCGAAGCUGUCUCGUAUGUUUCUCGUUCUGAUUUCACUUUUCCCUCGAUUCUGACAUGUAUUGCAAGUAUCUAUUUAACCACAAUGACAAGUUCUUCCGCAGC